AACAUACGUGAAGAAAGAAGGAAGAGAUACUCUAAUUCAUGGCUAUUCUCUUCAGACCUCCACAGUGCAGAGCCUUCUCUCUUCCCGUAUUCAACAACCACGCUACCGGAGAAACCACUCCCUCUCCUAACUCCGUAAAGCUAAAAAAAUCCGGCGCCGAGAGCUGGAGCUCCCGUUUCCGAUCGAAAUCUCUCAGCUUGGUGUUCUCUGGAGCUCUAGCUCUCGGUUUAUCUCUAUCCGGCGGCGUUGGAGUUGCAGAAGCGGCGAAAGUGGGAGUAAACAAACCAGAACUGCUCCCAAAAGAGUUCACUUCUGUCAUAGAUGUUGCUGGUUUCCUCUCUGAUGGCCAGGAGAAGAGGAUUGCUGAAGAAAUCGAUGAUAUUGAGAAAGAUACAGGGUUUAAGCUGAGAGUCUUGGCUCAAAACUAUCCUGUUACACCUGGACUAGCUGUCAAGGAUUACUGGCAAGUUGAUGAUAACACUAUUGUGUUUGUCGCUGAUCCCACUUUUGGGAACAUAUUGAACUUCAAUGUUGGGGCUACUGUUGAUUUGGACAUACCUCGUAGUUUCUGGAGUCGUUUAGCUGGGAAGUACGGCAACAUGUUUUACUGGAAAGAAAAGGGUGAAGAUGCAUCCAUCGAAGCUGCAGUGAUGGCUAUAUCAAGUUGCUUAAGGGAACCCGUUGGUGCAAAUAACUGUGCAGAGAUUUACUGAAGUAUUAUGACCCAAGAAAAUGUCUGUUAUAAACACUGUAUAAACAUCGAUACCACGUGUGAUAGUAAGAGUAUAGAUGUUGAAUCUGACAUCAACCCUAUAUAGUUUUUGUACUUGUGUUAUAUCGUACUGUAUUAGUACGUUUGUCGAGAUUGUUCAAAACAACUUGGAUCAUUUGUCAAACUUGGAAGGAGAAUGUGGAAUUGUUUAAGAAAUA